AUGCCACCACAAGACCCCGUCGACAAGCGCCAAGCCGCCCGCGAAGUCAUUGAUAUUCUCCAGGAAAUUUCCGAUCUGCUUUCCUUGAAUCUCAAGCUAAUCAUCGACAUGGCUCAUCCACAGAACACAAAUCUAGACCGCACAGAGCUAUCGCUAUGCGUGUCGCUGAUUGAGAAUGGGGUCAACCCCGAUGCACUUGCGACUGUGAUCAAGGAUCUUCGAAAAGAGGCUGCCAACAAUAAACGGUUUUCGCAUGCGCCUGCUCCUGCUACGGCGGAUUGA